ACGCUUGCAAAGGAGGGACUAAAUUACACGAGUGUGUGUAAUUCACAGCAGAUGACCACUGGAGGGGAUGGAGCUUUACUGGGGAUGUGAGCGUUUCCGCAGACUGAUGGAGCCUUCCCCCGGAUUCGUGUUGUAGGCUUAUUGUCACGUCAAAGCAACAAGUGGAACAUGGUACUUCGGUGCGCCUGUGCCUGAUAAGGAGAACGCGAAUGCCGCACCGGUGUCACCAGCGCCGUGGGGAUGGAUACCUUCUAUUUCCUGGCGAUGAUUGGCUGGGCUCUGCUGUCUCUCCGUGGUUUUGCCUCCACUGGAGUCUGUCCCAACCGCUGCGACUGUCAGCAACCGCAGCGUCUCUUGUGUGCCAACCGCGGUUUGAGCACGGUGCCCCGUCACAGCAGCAACGAGGAGAAGGUGCUCGUUUUGAGUCUUGGAGGCAACUUUAUUGGGAACAUCUCUGCAGUUGACCUCGGAAGGUACGCUGGCUUAGUAAGGUUGGAUUUACAGUUUAAUCAAAUCCAUAACAUCCAUCCUAAAGCGUUUGAGAAACUGUCCAACUUGGAGGAGCUCUACUUAGGACAUAAUCAUUUAUCUGCCAUUCAACUUGGGACUCUGCAACCCUUGAAGAAACUGACAGUGCUUUAUGGAAACAAUAAUGACAUCAGUGAAAUAACACCAGGGAUUUUUGCCAGUUUAGAUCAUCUUGUCAAAUUGCGCCUAGAUGGCAAUCAAAUUAAAAGCUUGCAGGAUUCAGUAUUUCAGGGCUUAGACAACCUGCGUUAUCUUCAUCUGGAGUCCAAUCAGCUUCAUCACAUUCACAGAAACGCCUUUUCGAAACUGGCCAAUCUGCGGUUUCUCAACCUGGCCCGCAAUAAUCAGUCGGUCCUGCGUGGUGCCCUAACAUUUUCACAUCUGACAGCCUUGACGACAUUGCUGCUUUCAGAAAAUGGAAUCCAACACGUCGGGAAUAAAGUUUUCCACAAUCUUAAAAAACUAUCUAAAUUAUCUCUCAGUAACAAUCGAAUUUCCCAUCUCCACAUCGGGGCUUUGCUUGGAUUGUCAAGCCUCAAAGAGUUCCUGAUUGACGGGAAUGAACUGGAGGACAUCCCAGCUGGGCUUCUGGAUCCUUUGGAGCUUGUGGAGCAUUUGGACUUUAGUCGCAAUCGGAUCUCUAAUGUUGACUCUUUAGCAUUUAAUCACCUUAAAGAUCUCAGGGUUCUGAAGUUAAACCAAAACCUGCUAACCAGCCUUUCAGGUGACAUUUUCAAGCUGAAUAAAGUUCUUAACAACGUAGAUCUCCGUGGCAACAACUGGAUCUGCGAUUGUCGCCUGGACGAACUGAAAAGAUGGAUGUCUGCGGCACGUUCUCAGGGCAAACUUUCCGACGUGUUUGUUCAGUGCCAUCGCCCGGCAACGCUGAGAGGAAACUCCUUGGAACAUGUGAACCGUUCCCAGUUACAGUCUGCUGGGAACUGGAGCCAAUUGUGCGUGAGCCACAUCAGACCCGAGGAGAGCCAGGGAGGGAAAACGUGGACCAAGAUGAAGGGUGAAGUUUGGCAGGAAGAAAGAGGAAGAGAGGAUCCGUUACAACAAAAGCAGGAUGAGACGACGGUGAGAACCAAAGGGAAGGAAGAGGUGGGGAUACAAGGAGACCAAGGGGGGACUGAGGUGCCAGAAAUGGUAUAUUCAUUCAAAAAAAACUCCCUCAGGUCCAACUCACCAACAGACACACUUAGAAAACGUGCCAAAGUUGUGGGGAAAUUUUCCAGAACACCCUCAGAGAAGGAUAUUCUCACACCAAGUGAGAGUGCUCCCACUACUCCCGUCCAAUUGGCAGAAAGCUUUGAUCUUCUAAGGACGUUCCACAGAAAGGUUCCAAAUACCAUCACCGAUCCGUGUGGUUUUAACCACCAUUUCAUCACAAAUGUUUCAGUAGACCAAAUCACCAGCAGUACUGUUACAGUCUACUGGGCGACGCCCGGACUAAGUCCAUUUCUGGAUGAAGUGCACUACCGGAUUUUGUUCGACCGGUUCGGGACACCUGACCGGUUUCCACGUUAUGUUUAUACCCAUGGCUCAGCCAGGUCAGUGACCCUACGCGAGCUCCACCCGGAUGUCACUUACAUGGUGUGCGUGGAAGGAGUUGUCGCUGGUUCCGUGUGUCAAGUGGCGCCUCGCGACCACUGCUCAGGUUUGGUUACACUUGCCGAGGACGCCACUUCGACUUCCGACCUUCAGUUGGUGACGUUGCUGACGCUGGCAGGAAACGCCGCGUUGAUUCUGAUCGUGGGUUUAGUCUGGUUGGGGCGACGCCUUAAGAAAAAGUUGCAAAGGAGAAAGUCAGCUGUCCACGUCCGGCACAUGUACUCAACCAGGAGGCCGUUCCGUUCCAACAUGGCCAACACGUCCGCGUCCAACGACUUUACGAGCUAUCAAACUAGUCGUCCAGCUCGACUUGUAUCACCUGAACUGGGAGACCUCAUUGAGUUCCCUUGUGAUCGGUUUCAGGAUAGCGGUUCGUCUCGAAGAGACAUUGACAUGCCCAGAUUUUCUGACUAGGUUUCAAAGGGAUGGGAAAUUGAGUUUCCAUUCAUUUUACUUGGGAAGUUAUCUCAUUAGGAACUUUAAAGAUGGGAAAUUUGGGAUAUAAUUAAGGGUAAUCCUUGCUCGGUAUGUCCACCUCGCAUCCUUAUUUGAACUUUUUUUUUUUUUGCCUGCUUGUGUUACUUCUGCUUUCUAAAUAGAUCAAUAUUAUCUUGCUUAAAUCAAAUUGUACUUUUAGGUUUUAUCAUGACCGAUUGAAAUCUUUAUCUGCGUAAACAUUUUGAAUUCCUUCGUGAUUGAAGAUUUGGGUAUGUUUUUUAUUUUAGGCUCAGUGCUUAAAGGUAGUAAAUUCAUGUAACAUUAACUUAUUUUCCAAAAGUAUUUUCAAAGGAUUUACGGCAUGUUAGUAAAUCAAAUGAAAAAGGCAAUUUAAAGUGCCUGUGACAGCAUAAAAAAAAAUUCUUAAAUAGCAUUAUUAUACGAAUUAGAAUCAUAUUUUGAGGCGAUUUGACUAUAUACAACAAUUUGGCAAAGCGCAGACGACGAAAAAUUAGUCUUUUAAUCUGCCGUUUAGCCCCGCCCAUCAUUAUAGCGCUCUAGCGUUCCCAGCUGGAGGAUGACGUCGGCAGGGUCACGAUUUCAUCUGAUUUAGAAUUCAGCCUGUUGAAGGGGAAUUAUUCAGAAUGAGGAAAAUGCGACAAAGAGAGCAGCAAAAUGUCAUUGUUUCAAUCUCUCUACGCCAAUAUUUUUAUAGGAUAUUCUUUUUAUCUAAGAAUUUUUCCCUAAUUGCUAAAUAAAUGGUAUGCUCAUGACAAAUAACAGUCUUGUGCUAAAUGGAAUAUGAAAUUUAAAAAAUGCAUUUAUUCAGUACGACAUGGCAAAAUUACUCCAUAAUGGUCAAAACUGUCGACUUCUUGCACCUCCGAACUGCAUUUUAUGCCACUGGAGUUAGUCCGGCUUUUGCCAUUUCCCUGCCCCGGCUUCAUAGAGCGUAAAAAAACCAGAAGGCGUGACAACUAGCCGACAUGCUAACCUGAACUGAGCGGAGUUUCGAAGUCUUAUUCUCGCCUUUCGAUGCGAAAAAUCACACAAAACUACCCCGAAUCAUGUCACAUGGCGGUGGGGUUGUCGAUUGUCUUCACCGAUCAUGCACACAAAGAUAUGUAGAACCGCACGAGCAUAACCCGAGUAUAGCGCUUUCUUGGCGGGCAUGUGAAUAGGACCGAGGGAGGUGUGCGACAAGCCGCCGGUCGUCAGCCGAGUGGCCUUCUCGGUGGACAAGGAGCAUUGUCAGCCACAAAAUGCAAGCCACCUCCUUAUCAAAACGUACGCCAUGAUCCCAGCAUUUGACAUAAUACAAAACAUGUAGUUUACUCACUUUCUCGUGAGUCCAAUGGUCCCACAGUUGUCGGACUUGUUUUAGCCAAUCUCCGCGGUGAACAGGAUUUUUUUGAAACCCAAAAAAGCUCACAACCCUUUCCCUGGUGCAGCAAGAAAAACCUGCAGCACAUUUGGCUAGCUUGAUGCGAAAAAUAAACGAAUUGAUCCGCAAAAUCAGCUGAAUCCGUAGUCCAUCUGCAUGCAAAAAAGCAGGGGUCAUGAAUUACAAAUGCUCUGGGUCCAAAAUUUAAAAAUUGCAACAAUCUCGGGUCCGGAAAUAUUUUUAAUGCUUUUUUUCCAAAAAAUACAAACGUAUUUUUACGUGGCCAUAAUUACAACAUUCAAAAAAGUAAAUAAAGUAUAAAAGGUGCAUAAAACUAAAAAAGUGCUUUAAUUUAAUCAUUAAAUAGCAACAUAAGAGCAUGUUCAAGACUUUUUUUUUUUUAAUUGUGGAUGCUGACAGGGGGAUUUGCUUUAUUUUUUGACAGACCUCUUCUUUUUGCUUUCCAUCAACAAAGUUUCAGCAACUACUCAUACAAUCUUUGACAAUCGGUGUGUCACUGAAAGACUUUUUGUUUUGACCCAAUAUCCACGCUAUUCUGAGGGAGAAUUCAUUUGCGCGUUGCUGUGCAUUGAAUAAAUGAACCAUAAGCCUUGAGGUGCGAUCAUAUUGAGCCCUUAAUUCCGCUAUUUUUUGAGAACGGAUGGCAGAGUUCAUAGGGAAACUUUGCAAAAAAAACUGCGUGCUUCGUCUCAUAGAGCCUUUUCAAAUUGCUGCUCUUUACAAGCGCUAAGUCUCUGAAUGAGUCUCAGAUGAGGCAUAGCGGUCUUAUACUGCCGCCAGGUAAAAUGAACAAAAAUGUGUUGGUCCACUCCUCCUUAAACACUCUGUUUUCUACAUCAAUCUUGCGUAGUUUUGAGCACGCCAUUUGCCGUACCUUUUCGCCUCUUCCUCCAACUUCAUUCGGCUCAGUUUGUGGCUGUCACUCCGCGGAGUCUGGAAAGCGAGUGUGAGACAUGCUGAUCUAAAAAUAACUUUCAAAUGCUUCGCUCCCAUUGGCUGGCUCACGCGCAUCACCGCUAAGGUUUUUGUUUGUUGCCCGCCUCCACUCUGCAAACCCGCAGAAAAAAAAGAUUUUUAUUGUUGCAACGUGUAUUAGUCCGGACAGCUUGAGAUCCGGUCCAGACGGCUUGGGGGUCCGGAACCGGACCGAGGUCCGCGGUUCCGUGACCUCUGCUAUAAAGCAAUGCUAUAUUGUGAGAUGCUGACGUCACAUUCGCAUUCUUCCCCAAUCCAGGAAGUCACUCAUUUUCAUGGCGCGGGAUUCAAAAAAUUGAAUAUAUCAAUCGAUCGCUUCCACACACAUCCAAGCGGUCCAUUUCAUUCAGGAGCAUAAAAUACCGCGUGAAAUAUAAAAUAAACAUGCUUUUUGCUGUCAUAGGCACUUUAAGCAAUUUAAUGGAAUGAGUUAGACUCAUCCUUACUAUAAACCACGUUUUUUCUUUUACCAAUAAAGCAACAAUUGUUCAGCUUAGUCAUCAAGGCCUUUCAGAGCUCAGAGGAAGAUACCAACCUACAACAUUCACAUCCUCUUCUUGCCUUUUAUUUCCUCCCACCUGCAUGUGUGCUAUUGUUUUGAAUACAAGUGUGAAUGUAGGAAUAAUAGAUCACUGAUUUCAGCUAUGGUGCUAGUUUUGAAUUUUACAGAGAUACUAAUGUCAAUUUGUACAGUUUUCUACAAUGUUUCAUACUUAUUCUGACGGAUUUCAAUCUCAUUCAAGCGUAGUGAAGAUAGUUCUAUUUUAAUGUUGUAAUAA